AUGGGUGGAAGCAGUUCCUACCAAGUCAAAGAUGCAAGAACUGUUGUUUCAUUUAUCAAAAAGAACAUCUUCUCAAGGUUUGGAGUGCCCAAAAUUUUGAUAAGUGAUGGAGGAAGCCAUUUCUGCAACAAGUACUUGGAAUCAGUCCUAGAAAAGUAUGGAGUCAAGCAUAGAAUAGGUACACCCUACCACCCUCAAACAAGUGGCCAAGUAGAGAUUUCCAACAGGGAAAUAAAGCAGAUUUUAGAGAAAGUGCUGAUGUAUGGAAAGGCUUGCCACUUACCAGUGGAACUUGAACAUAAAGCUUUUUGGGCUGUGAAAUGGUUGAAUUUUGACCAAGCUAGUGUAGGAGAAAAGAGACUGUUGCAGCUGCAUGAGUUAGAGGAGUUCAGACUCAAUGCUUAUGAAAAUACCAAAUUAUACAAGGAAAGGACCAAGAAGUUGCAUGACAGAUUUAUUUUGAAAAGGGGAAUUGAACCUGGACAAUCUCUUUUACUUUUCAAUUCAAGAUUGAGGUUGUUUCUAAGGAAAUUAAAAUCUAAGUGGUCUAGACCUUUUGUGGUGGAAGAGGUAUCACCCUAUGGUGCUGUACUGAUAGCAGAUCCCAAGGAUGGGAGAGAAUUCAAGGAAUACUGUGUUGAUUCAAUGAAGGCUCAUGUUGUGGAUGCAUAA